GUAGUGCGCUGCGAAGAAUUCCGAGAGGGUGUUGCUAAUGAGCACAGGUGGCGCUCGUUGAGGUGGCAGGGCAGAGCUUUCUCAUGAUGACAACCAUUUUAUCCAAAUAUUCAAUGGCCCAAAGCGUAAAAGGGAAAGUUGACGAAGACAUUUUUGUAGGCUUGGGCACUUGCCGAAGUCGUUCACUGGAACAAUUCCUCGCGCCAGAUGCUGAACGCCAAAUGCGAGUCUGUCACGUCAACUGCCGCUGAGGUCACAUUGCCUACUGUAAACGCGCUACCAAAAUUGAAAGACUUCACAUUACCCAAAGUGAAAUUGCGCACUGAUAACGGGAAGACCGUAUACGUUACGACUGGAAACAGAGAUUGUGGGGUGACCGAAAGCGCAUACUGUGGAGAUGUAUACUUUGCGGAAAUUUGGCACCUUGCUGUCACUUCCAUUUCUCUUGUAUUUUCCAGGUGUGCUGGCCCAGAUCCAGAUGCCCCAGAGUAUCAUGAAGGUGAUCGAAGGUCAGAAGGUGGUGCUGCAGGCCUGGUACAGCACCAGCUACAGCAUCGGCAAGAACACCGUCCUCUGGAACUUUGUAGCCAAUAACUCUCAACUGAUAAUCUCCUACACCCUAGACUCAAUUAGUUUAGGCAGCCCGCAGUUUGAGGAGCGAGUGGGUUUCACAGCCACCAUGCCCUCUGCCAACCUGUCUCUGUACAUCAACAACACGAAGGAGUCAGACUCGGGACGCUACUUCUGCCAGGUCAUCAUCCCCGGGGCCCAGGGCUUGACCGGGGAACUUAUCCUCAACGUCAUUGUCCCUCCUGCUGUACCAGAGUGCGCUCUGUCGGGGAAGCCAGUUCUGAAAGGCAACGUCACGCUGAGCUGCAAGUCCAAGUCAGGCAAGCCCAUCCCCAUGUACAAGUGGCAGAAGACCAGCCCCACAUCUGAAGUCUUCUUCUCUCCCAUGCUCAAUGAGAAGACAGGCACCCUGAAGCUGAGCAACCUGAGCAGCAACAUGUCGGGGAAGUACGUGUGUUUGGCCAGCAACACGGCCGGCACAAAGAGAUGCUACAUCAACCUGGAGGUCAUCACCUCGAGCAAUGCAGGGAUGAUUGCUGGGGCCACGGUGGGCUCGGUGCUGGGCUUAAUCUUCAUCAUCCUCUUCCUCGUUGGUCUCCUGAGGAGAAGGAGAGACUCUGAGGAGGACCUGGCCAAUGACAUCAAGGAGGACGCUCAGGCGCCCAAGCGCGUCUCGUGGGCCAAGAGCGGCGGCUCUGGCUCGGACGUGGUCUCCAAAAAUGGCACACUCUCCUCCAUCACUACCGCCAACAGGCCCCACCAGAGGGAGCCCUCUUCCCAGCUAUAUCCCCACCGCCCUCCCUCUGACACCACCUCCAUCACUGCCACAGGCAGCGUCUCUGGCUACCGCCUCGGGCCGCGCGAUGGAGCCUCCACACCCACCCAUGGCCACGCCCUGCCGGGCUACAGCUACAACACUGAUACAACCCUGACCCGCGGACAACUGUCUAAUUCUGCAGCACCCAGUGCCAACGUUAGUCCCAGAACCCAGCACCCACAGAGCUAUACCCAGUCCCAGACAGCACGUCCAGCCCUGCGCCCGCCACCUCUGCCCACUGUCGUGACCGCGUCCAACAUUUCCCGCAUGGGAGGGGUUCCCAUCAUGGUGCCAGCUCAGAACCAGGCCGGCUCGCUGGUGUAGUGCCAGUCUGUCAUGGUGCAGUGUCCCUUUACCCUUCAACUGUACUUACUCACAUAGAUUUUCAAAAGGAAAAGAUUCAAAUGCCACAAAGAUAUAACUAACUCGAGGAUUAAAACUUGAAUUGGCCAUCGAAGAUGAGGUGUUUGACCUGCUCAAAAUGCAGUGAGAUCAUUGGUAAGACCUUAAGAGAUUGACUGUGUUGCUACACAGGGCUAAUUUAUUUAAUGAAGUAUACAGAAGUACAUUUUAUUUAAAUGUUUUUUAUUCUCCAUAUGUAUACAAAAUAUGUACAGAUCUGGAUUUCAUACAUUUGGGAAAUACUAGAUUGAACAUUUGCUACUAGAUUUUCUAAAUGCAAAGUACACUUUUUGCCUUUUCAUGUUCCUUGUUUCAAACUUCACAACAAUUCUCUUUAGACACGGCUCUUAAAACGUAUGUCUUUUACCACAUAGGAAUAGCUUUUCAUAUUAUGUAAAAUACAAUUUGACACAUUUUGUCAAUUACAUGGAAUUUAGCGACUAAGAUUAUGGUUACACCAUUGAGCUGUAAUGAUUUUGGGUCGCUCUCUGCAAGGAAAUUGUAAAUAACGUUUGCUUUCAAUUGUAUUUGAGGCUGUUCAUUAACACUUGUGACUGACUGGAUACAAAAGCAGAGUUUCUACUUGUCAACAUCCCAAGCCGACAAGUUAAUUGAUGGCUAUAGACCCAAAUGUCAUCAUAUCAAAUGAGUAAGAUGAGGCACUUGUUUGAAAUGGAGGUGUGAUGGUGUGGGGGUGCUUUGCUGGUGACACCGUCUGUGAUUUUAUUUAGAAUUCAAGGCACACUUAACCAGCAUGGCUACCAUAGCAUUCUGCAGCGGUACACCAUCCCAUCUGGUUUGCGCUUAGUCCCACUAUCAUUUGUUUUUCAACAGGACAAUGACCCAAAACACACCUCCAGGCGGUGUAAGGGCUAUUUGACAAAGGAGAGUGAUGGAGUGCUGCAUCAGAUGACCUGGCCUCCACAAUCACCCGACCUCCACCUAAUUGAGAUGGUUUAGAUGAGUUAGACCACAGAGUGAAGGAAAUGCAGCCAACAAGUGCUCAGCAUAUGUGGGAACUCCUUCAAGACUGUUGGAAAAGCAUUCCUCAUGAAGCUGGUUGAGAAAAUGCCAAGAGCGUGCAAGUGGUCAAGGCAAAGGGUGGCUACUUUGAAGAAUCGAAAAUACAAGAUGUUUAACACUUUUGUUAAAUAUGUUAUUUCAUAGUGUUGAUAUCUUCACUAUUAUUCUACAAUGUAGAAAAUAGUAAAAAUAAAGAAAAACCCUUGAAUGAGUAGGUGUCCAAACUUUUGACUGAUACUGUAUAUUUCCGGAUGUUGUGCAUCCCUGGGGUAAGUUAAGCUGCGGGACAGGGUACAUUAAUCUGCAUACAAAGUUGUGUACUUAAUGAAAUAUUACCACAACCUUUUUAAAACCAUGUCUAUCUUUAUUACCCAAACUAAAUUCAACACAAUCACAAUAGCGUUGUUUUAUUUUAAUCUUUUAUCACUGACUUAACACCUAACAAACUUUGUACUGUCACCUCAUAUCCCAGUGAUAAUGCCUUGCUUUGCGCCUUGGAAGGAGACACUUAAUCUUUCCAUUGGAUCAACUUACCCCAAUGCAAACAUUUUGACUAAAUUAGCCCACACUGCUUCAAGGAUGCACUUUCAUGCUAAGUUUAGGAUCUCAUAUUGAAGAUUAUAGAGACUACAGCUGAUUUAUAGAACAAUAUAAAAAUGACAUACUAUGGUUUCGAUACAAGAAUUAUGACUCCUCUAACACAAUAAAUUGGACCUAACUUAUCAUUUUUUCCAUGUGGUUUCUUCAGACUCCAUGAAAUAAUGACCUCUUAAAUAUUUGGUCAAAUGGUAUAUGUUGUGUAUGAUCAACAUUGGCUCAACUUACCGUACCCCUUUUCCUGAACAUUCAACCCUCCCUUAUUGUUCAACGAUGAUUAGGUUCAGCUUUGUAGAUAUUAUUGACUGCUACCAACCUGACCUUGCAAUUCGAUUUAAUAAAGGGAUUUGGCUAUGUCACUGAUCAAACUACCCUCGAGUCAAUCUGGUGUUAUUUGAUACCAUUUACUUUUGCAAGACUCUACUGUCCAGUUUUUACUCUCUUGAUUGAUGUAUUCAGACAUGUUUUAUGUGUAGCAAGGUAAUGUUGUUCCCCUAGGACCUAGGUUAUGAACAAGACUUGUUAGCGAUCCAAGAAACUAAAUAUUGCACUUAAGACUACCAUUUUAAAUAUGAAAAGUUGGAGGUUUGUGUCACUUUAAAUUGGUGGACUGGUUCAUGUUAAUGGCUGGAUUGAAUUUAAUGCAGUUUCAAUGAAGCAUGUCAUUUUUUAUUCUAACCCUACCCUCAACAUCAACCUCUGUCACUUGAGAGUAUAUAUUGUCAGUAAACUGGAGCAGAGAGAGACACUGUCUUGUGUCUGUUUUUAUGAGCACAGAAGGUCAGGCUUGGGGAGAAAAAGACACGCAUAAAAGGAUUGAGUGUAUGUAGUAUUAAUCAUCAACGGCAAAUUAUUUUGUAUUAAAGGGAAAAUAUGAAUACUGGCCUUUUUUAUUUUGUGAUAUUGUAAUGUAUAUGCAUUGUAACACAGCAAUAGAAUUCAAAAAGAGAAAUGAAUUAUAUAAACGUUGAAUGUUACAGAAUAUUUUUUAAAUACUAGCUUCGUUUGAACUGAUAAUGGAACAGACACUGAUGGCCAAGAUGGUGCAUAUAUGCUCAACCAUAGACCACUAUGUGCAUGAGAUUCUUAUACUUAUGUAUAUGGAAAAUAAUUGUAUCAAUAGAUUGUGUGUAAUAAAACAUUUGUAUAAUUGAUAUAUUUUACCUCUUGGAGAAGCAUUGCAAUUGUAUGAUCCAAUAAAAACAUCUCAAACAGGAAGAGUUAA